AUAACCUUCUCAGUUACAUAUGCAAGUUCUAUAGCUAAACAAGCCGCUUUUGAUCAAGCUUUACGUAUUGCAAUGGGUGUAAUGUCCACGCUGGCUGCAUGUUAUGCCAUGAUACGUACAUGGAUAUGGUCACGUCGAGCUGGUGUAUUACGUUUAGAUGCUAUGCUGAUUAUCAAGUUAUUACUGUAUGCUGCUGGAAAUAUUGCCAAUGCUUUCCUUAUCGUUAUCUACUUUGUUUCAAUUUAUUUUUUAAUAUUUUAUAAGGUACAAAGUGUAUAUGUUAUCAAUUUACCAAAUUCCGAUGAUUUUAUCUUAAAUUAUAUUGCCGCAGCAUUUGCAUUGAAAUGUGUCGAUUUAAUACAUCUGAUAGCUGUUCAAUGUACAAUGGAUAUCUUUUUAAUCGAUUGGGAACCACAAAAAUAUCAUCCUAAAAGUAGUACAACUAAUAUUAACAAUAAUGCAGCAUCAACUACAGAUAUGAUGACGACUUCUAGAAGUCAAUCUUUGAGACGAUUCAAUGUGGCGAAUG